CUGUCAACAUGCGGUCUCUCUUGUUUGCGGCCCUCCUGGGUGCCGCCCAGGCUCAAUUCGUGACCCCCUCGAACCUCACCCAGACCAAGGGCCAUCUCGAUCUCUCCGUUCGCUACAAGCAGGUGCCCAAUGGCAUCUGCGAGACCGAUCCCAGCGUGAAGAGCUUCUCCGGCUACGUCGAUGUCGCCGAGAACGAGCACAUCUUCUUCUGGUUCUUCGAGGCCCGCAACCAGGAGCCCUCCGAAGCUCCCCUGACCGUCUGGAUCAAUGGAGGUCCCGGAUCAUCCUCCAUGAUCGGUCUGUUCCAAGAGAACGGCCCCUGCGGCGUGGACAUCAACGGCACGGUGUACAACAACCCGUACUCGUGGUCCAACGCCAGCAACAUGCUGUACAUCGACCAGCCCGUGCAGACAGGCUUCUCCUACAGCAUCCCGGUGCCCGGCUACGUCGACCCCUCGACCGACAACGUCAUCGCCCUGCCUUCCCCCUACUGCCCUGAAUACGCGACCGACAUGUCCUGCGGCACCUACUCCUACCCUAACGUCAGCCUAACCGCCAACACGACCGACAACGCGGCCCCGAACUUCUACAAGGCCCUGCAAGGCUUCAUGGGUGCAUUCCCCCAAUACUCGCGCGAGAGCUUCCACUUCACCACCGAAAGCUACGGCGGGCACUACGGCCCCGUCUUCAACGAGUACAUCGAGCAGCAAAACGCGAAUCUGCCCAAGGGCGCCAAGAAGGUCCAGCUCGCCAGCGUGAUGAUCGGCAACGGCUGGUACGACCCCAUCAUCCAGUACCAGGCCUACUACAACUUCACCGUGUACCCCGGCAACACGUACGACUACCUGCCCUACAACAGCUCCAUCAGCUCCCUGCUGUACAACAACCUGUACGGGCCCGGCAACUGCCUCGACCAGCUCUACGACUGCGCCGCCCGCGGCAUCGACGAGAUCUGCAGCACGGCCGACGACUUCUGCGCCGACGAAGUCGAGUCCAUCUACGACGAAUACCUCGGCCGCGACGAGUACGACUUCCGUGAACUCACCCCGGACCCCUUCCCGUAUGAGUUCUACGUCGACUACCUCAACCGCGCGGACGUGCAGGCCGCCCUGGGCGUCCCGAUCAACUACACCGAGAGCAACAACGCCGUCGGCCUCGCCUUCUCCUCCACCGGCGAUGACGGCCGUGUAAUGAACACGACCCAGGACGUGAAGAAGCUCCUCGAGCAGGGCGUCACGGUCGCCAUGUACGCCGGCGACGCGGACUACAACUGCAACUGGCUCGGUGGAGAAGCCGUCUCUCUCAAGGUCGGCGCCGCCAACUUCAGCACUGCGGGCUACACCAACAUCUCGACCUCGGAUGGCAUCGUCCACGGACAGGUGCGUCAGGCGGGCCGGUUCGCGUUCACCCGUGUCUACGAGAGUGGGCACGAGGUGCCAUUCUACCAGCCCUUGUUGGCGCUGGAGAUGUUCUCGCGGGUGAUUGGCGGCAAGGAUGUCGCGACGGGUAAGGUGGAUGUGGCCCCUGGGUAUCAGACGAAGGGUCCCUUCAAGAGUACGUACCGUGAGGGGAAUGCGACUAUUCAGUGGGAGGUGUUGGAUGAGUCGGCCACGUAUAAUACCACCCUGAAUGGGCCGAAUCCGGUGGCCAAGAAGGCGAAGAGGCAUGGCGCGGCCUUGAGGUUUCAGAUGUAGUUUGGAUAUGGAGACUGUGGAGGAUGAAGGUGGGGAUAUGAUGUGAUGUAGUGAUGUAUAUAUGAUGAAUGAAUAGUCUUG